AUGAAAAUAGAAGAGAACGAGGAACACAAAAAGAAAUUUAAAACCGAAGAAAAUCCAAAUAACGAAAACUAUAUUUUAGAAAUUCACAUAAAGAAACUUUUAGUUAUCCAAAAUGUAUUCUCAGACGGUUCUGUAGUUAAAAAAAUCUUAAAAAGGGGAAUUGUUAAUACUAGAAUGGAAAAAAUUUCGAGAGUUUAUUUUAGUUUAAAGAUCGAAGUCGAUAAAAAAAUCAUAUACGAAAGUGGAAAUUGUGACAAUAUAUAACUUAAUUAAGAAAAAGAUGAAAAAUAAAUUCAAUUACUUGAAAAUGAAAAUUAAUGUAUGAAAUUCUAUAUAGAUGAAUAUAAAAUCUCUAGACUUUUAAAAAGAAUACUAAAAAAAAUGAAAAAAUAAGAAGAAGCAGUUAUUGUUUGUAAAAACAAUAAAUUAAUUACAUAUGGAGAGGAUUGUAAUAUUAUUAAAAACGCUUUUGGGGGUAUUAUACCAGAAACUCUUGUUUAUUAUGUUAAGGUUUAUGAUUUUACAGAAGGGAAAAAUACAUAUACAAUGACUAUUGAAGAAAAUUAUAAAAAGGCAUUAAAAACUUUUGAAAAUAUAAAUGGAUUUUUUGAUUUGGGUAGAUUUUUAGGAUAGGAUGCAAUUGAUGUUCAUCCAUUUAUUAAACACAAGUCUGUGUAAUAUGAAAUUAUAAUAAUGGGAUUAAUUAAUUACUACUUGUAAUAAAAUUAUUGA